AUGUUUUUUCAAUUAAAUAUAAUAUUUUAUGUAAUUAUUUCUUUAAAUAUAUCUAUUGUAUUUCCAUUAACAGCUGAGGAAAGAAGUGAAUUACAAAGAAAAAUGAAAUAUUAUCAUUCAUCAGUAAGACCAGAUGAAAGAUUUAAUAUGAUCACAACAAUAAAUGGAACAUUUUUUGACAUUCCAACUGAAAUUCGAGUUAUGGAUAUUUAUUUAGAAGAUAAAAAAAUAUAUAUAGAUUUAACAUUAAUUUUAAAUUAUUAUGAUGAAAGAUUACAGAUGAAAGAACUAAAACAAAAUAUUAAAAUUCCAAGUGAAUUUCAAUUAUGGUCUCCAGCUUUAUAUAUUGGUGGAAAAUUAUUAAAUAAUUAUAAUUCAUUUUUAGAUCCAGUUAAUGGAUAUAUUUCAUUAAUUUAUAAAAUAAAAUAUGGUAAAAGUAAUUGUAUAAAUCCAAGUUGGAAAUAUCCAUUUGAAAAAUUUAUUUGUCCCAUUGUAAUUGAAACAGAGAAUGAUGAACAUUUAUCUCUUAAAAUUAAUAGAGAUAUGCGAUCUUCAAUAGAUGAUUUUACAUAUAUAGCAAAUGAAUGGCCGUUUCUAAAAAUAGAUAUUACAAUAAAAAGUUUUUGGCAAUCGACAAUGCCUACAAUUUAUCUUCCUUCUAUUUUACUUUUUUCUGUCAGUUUAUUUUCGCAAUUUAAAAGGCGCAAAGUACAAGUUCAAAUUUUGACAAGUGCAAUUAUCUGUGUUAUUUUUUUGGAAUCAACAAAAUAUAUUUCAAAUAGUUUUAAAAUUAUCUUAACAAUGCAAGAUGUAUGGUUAAUAGGAACAUUUAUUCAUCUUGUAUCACUACUAUCUUUAGAUCUAUUACUUCCUUCAAAACAUAUUCUUUAUGAUAUUGAAAAUGAGGAUGAUAAAAAAACUAACCAAAAUAAUUAUAGUAAAAUAAAUUAUAAUGGAAAAAAUAAUUUAAUUAUUCAUGAUGAGAUGGAAGGAAAAAUAUAUAAAACUAAUGAUAAAAAAAAUAUAAAUUUUGGAAGAUCAAUACUUAAAAAAGAUUCAAAAUUACGAGAAAGUCAAAUAAGUAAUUAUGAUAAUGUUAAUAGAAAUAUAUCAAAACAUCUUAAUGGUUGUUGUUAUAAUAAUUUUUCAUAUGAAGGUAGCCCAUCAAUAUUAAAAAAUAAUGUUCAUCCUGAGGCAUAUCCUUUAAUUAUAGCUAAUAAUUCAGUAACAAAAUAUCAAGAAAAAGGAAAAAAUAUUCAAAUCAAUUCACUAUUACCAAUAAAUAGAAAAGGAAUGAUUACAGAUAUGAAAGGACAAAGUAGUAUAAUAGAAAUUGAUGAUAAUAGUAAUAAAAAAGAAGGAAAAAGAAAACGUCAAGUAUUUAUUGAUGAACCUAAUCAUUUUUCUUCUUCUAAUAUGGUCAAAUUUCAUAAUCAUCAACUAUCAACAACCACUUCCAAACCAUUCUCCAUAAUGUAUACGUUAAGUGAAAGGAAAAAAUUUGGAGUUCUUAUGGUUCUUUGUGUAUAUAUCAUUUUUGCUCUUAUCUAUUUUAUCAUAGUUAUAGGGAUUUUACAAUGGUAA